AUGUCUGAGGAUUUACGUUUAUCAGCAAAAGGAGAUGUAUUCGAAACAAAUGAUAGAAUUUUACGACUCGGAAAAGCAAAGAUUGGUGCCUGCUUCGUGUUCACUUUUGCUCUAAAAAUGAAAUCAAAAAUGAUUUUUGGAAUUCUGGCUGCAUAUACGAUUAUUUCUCUCGGCAACAAAUUGUUUCGUUUUCUAUAUGGAGUGAAUGAUGGGGAUUGGUUUCAUAGGUGUUUUUGGAAAUGGAUGCAAGCUGUUGCUGUUGCCAUUGUUGUAUUCUUUGUUGCUGCUGUUGUCCAUGUUUUGAAAGAAAGUAUGAUGACGAAUGGAAUCAAAUCAAAAGUGAAAAAGGAUCGCAUUUGGUCGAAUAAAUUGAUUUUUUUUGCUUGA